GCGGCGACGAGCAUCCCACGCUGGUUGCUGUAUAUGUAGGACGGAACGCGGCUGGCUCGCAAAAGUCGAUUUGAUCGUCAUCACGGGUUUUUGGUAUCGUCUGGGAAUCCGCCCCGAUCGCAAGACGCAAACGCUCAGCCACCACUCACUACUGCAGACCAUCGCCUUUGAAAGUACCAUAACAGUCAUCCUUACGGCAUUCUACUCUCGUUGCGCCGCAUAUCUUAUCGCGCAUAACUUGAAUACUCUUCUUCAUAUUCACAAUACUUGACCUCGAAAGAGCGAGUGUUAUGGUCCCGGACUCCUCUUGAUUUUCCUGGUCUUGUCCCUCGUUACAUCAUGCCUCGUCCCGGCGCCGGAAUCUUUGGUGGGAGAGACCAUGCACCUGUGCUGGAGAUCAAGCCAGAUUCUCCUUUCGUGGUGUUCUACGGCGAGCCCUCGGAGUCGCACGAUGCAGAGCUCAAGGGCAAGCUGGUGCUGAACAACCCUGAGUCAAUCUCAGUGCGCAGCGUUCGCAUAACGCUGACGGCGACGCGCAAAGUCUCAUGGCAUUUGACCAACACCGUGAGCCCGCAGCCGAUCACGCAAAAGACCAACUUCCUCGUCGACACUCUGACGCUGUACCCCGUCUCUUGCUCGGACAAGAACACAAAGGCGCACAAAAUCAACGCUGGAUACCAUGAGUGGGACUUCAAGUUCAAGAUGCCGAGCAACCUCGACCAGAGCGUGGAGGGGCUGCCGACAAACUGGGUCGUCUACAAUCUGAAGGCUACGGUGGACCGAGGGUACAUGAGCAAGCAGCUCUCUGCCUCGUCGCAUAUCCGUGUCAUUCGCACACUGGGUCGCGACAUGCUCGAGUCCAUGCCCAUGGAGCAGAUCAAUGAGGACAUCUGGGCGAACAAGGUGGCCUACAAGAUCACGGUCCCCCAGAAGAACUAUAUCAUCGGCACCUCGGUUACCGCCGACUUCGUAUUAAUACCACUGAGGAAGGGCGUCGAGAUCACGACUAUCAAAAUGGAGCUGAUAGAAUCGCGGCAACUGUUCGCAGACUACGCUGGUAGGCGGAUUAGCCAUCAGACUGAUGUUCAGGUUGCCGUUCGAGAGGCUGAAAUGCCCACUGACUCCGCACAUCUCGUCCCCGCCGAGGUUGACGAGGCCGACGCGCUAUUCGAUGAGUCGCAUCGUUUCUCGAUGACACUGGAUCUGCCCAGGUCGCUGAAGAACUGCAGGCAGUCGGUUGACACUGAGAACAUCCGCUUGUCGCACAAGCUGAGAUUAUAUGUCAAUCUCAAGAACCCAGAAGGUCAUACCAGUCAGCUCCUGGUUAAGAACCACGUUCACUUGUUCAUUUCGCCCAAUCUCCCCCCGAACGAAGAUCAGAGUGUAGUAGUAGAUCCCAACCUGCUGUCGCAGCAGGCAAUUGCGGACGAGGUCAACCAGAACGCGCCGCCGACGUACGGUCUCCACCAGCUCGAUGAGCUUUACAACGACAUCGAUCCCUCCGGUUUCAUGACCCCCGGUGGCUGGCGCAGCACAAUGAACAGCGGCGCAAAUACCCCCUUCUUUGCCCAGAGCCGACGCGGCUCUACAGAAGACCUUUCUCUAGACGCAGUCGCACACCAAGAUGGCCCAGGUGUCUCCACCGUCGCGCUGCAGCACCGCCUCGCAAACCUCAACAUGUCCAGCUCCGACCGGCACUCGCGCUUCCACCCCUCGCGCCAGGACUCCACCGGCGACCACUCCGGCUCCGGCCAGCAAUCCUCCAACCACUCCUCGGGCCAAAGCACCCCGCACCACCGCACACCGCAGAACGGCGCCGAGCCCUCGUACUUCGACAUCCCCACCACCGACUAUGAAUACGACAUGUCGGCGCUCGCGCGCACGCCCAGCUACAACACCGCAGUGCGCACGCCCGCCGCCUACACCCCCAUGGAGGUCGCCCUCCCCAGCUACGACAUCGCGACCUCGAGACCGAGCAGUCCCGUGCGCAGCCGCGGCAGCAGGGGCACGACGCCCAGCCCCGCGCGCAGUCUGGCGACACUCAACGAGGAGACGUUUAGGAACACUCAGAUCAACAGCAGGAGGGAGUCGCCGCGGCACAGCGACGAGCUGCUGCAGCAGCACUAGAAGCGUGGCUGCAUGGGACUUUUUGCAUAUACAUGGCGUUUGGAUUAGGGUUUUGGGUGGGGGCCGGCCGGGCGUGCGCUGCCCCCGAGCUGUAGACGGGUUAAUUGGGUUGGGUUGGGUUUGGGCGAGAUAUCCUUAGAUUUGGCGUUUUGAGGGUUGGGGGGUAUACUCUCUUGUUGCUAUGAAUUGAAGUCAUGAAUCCACUCACACUACUUGCUUAACUGCGU